CGAAAAUAAGCGAUGCAUAAUUAAAAAGGAUUGGAUCCUAAAUUUUGAAGGCGAUAAUUGGACUCAUAUUUGCAAAUGUUAUCUAUGUAUUCCAGUAAAUUUUGGUGACAAUGUUGUUACAAAAAGGAUAGGUAUGGGAAUGCCUGGAAUUUUGAAUCGAGUAUAAAUGAACAGUACAUCGUCAGAUGAAACAAAGCAGGAAAUUUCAAAUGAAGAAAGUACAGCAGAUUUUCACUAUUUUAACACUGACGCUAAUAAACAUUUCGUAUAUUGCAACGGCAUUGGGAACAAAAUCAUCGCAAAAUGAUGGAAAAGAUAAUAACACACCCCAUACGUGGAUUUCAAACAAUCUACAAACUGUCAAAUACAUGGUCAAUGAUCAUCCAACUGUGGCGGUUAAACUGGAAAGCAAGCAGCCAGUGCAGAGCAAGAAAAUAGAAAAACAACGAAUGAAAAAUGACAAUUUUAGUGACGUUGAUGACAAUUAUAGACGAAUAUUACGAGAGAGAGGUCAUCAAUCGUCAAACAUCGCGCGGCAAGAUGAUUUGUUUAAAAUCAAGGACCUACAGAUAUCUAAUUUGUUGGGAUCAAUUGAACAAAGUGUGAGAGACGAUGCUGUAGAUAUGUCAUCAUUUCAGAACCGAAAGAAAAACAUUGAAAAUCAGGAUGCUCCCAAAAGUAGUUAUUAUUUUGCAACAAAAAAUAAGCCGUUUAUUCAAAAAAGUUAUCAUGGAAAUUUUGUAAAAUCUGAGCAAAAAGCCUCACAAAAUAAAUUAAGGAAGUCACAAGCAAACAUUACAAAUAACGUGAGUAAAGACAGGGGAAAUGGUACAAAGAACCUGACUGGGGCGAAGAUUGAUACGAGUUUGUCAAACGAAGGAAGGAAGAAUGCAAACGAAAAUAAAAUUGUGUAUGAUAGCAAUUUUGGAAACGAUAGGAAAAUAGAUAAUGGCAGCAGGCUGCAAGCAUCAGGCGAUGGUAAAGAUGAUGGGGAUGAUGAGGAUGAUGAGGUAGUGGAAAGCGGAAGUGGUCUUGAAGGAAGCGGAAAUAAGAAACGAGAAAACGGAAGUGGUCUAGAUGAAAGCGGAAGUGGACCACAAGAGCAGGAAGAAGGGCUCGAUGAGCCUCGUGAUGAGACGGAAGGAUUCUUAAAGGAUAAUGGAUCAGGUCAAGGAACAAAGGAAAAUAAAAAUUCAAACAAAACUGAAAAGAUUGUUAUCAAAGGUUCAAACAGAUUGGUUUCGCAAAAGGAACUUGUACACAAUAUAACCCAUGAUUCGUCUGAGGGAGACGAUGAUCUUUCCGAUGAAAGUGGUAGCUCGGAUGAAAGAGAUAUCUCAUCUGGAGAAAACAAUGCUAUUAGCAGUUUGAAAAAUGCUGCCGAGUUCGAGGAUCAGAAAACACCAUUAAGGUCAUUUGACAGGAUUUUGGACGAAGAGUCAGAAAAAGAAAAAGAAGAAUAUUCUGGUUAUAUGAAAGAGUGGAUAAAUGAUGAUAAUGGCUCUGCGGAAGAAUCUUCAGAAAGCGGAAAAGAAGAAGAAGAAGAAAGAGCUGAUCAGCUGUAUGAAGAGGACGGUGAGCGAAUGAGCUCGCCGAUAGAAGUUGCAAAUGAUUCGAGAAAUGAAGAUGACAAACCUGUUGAAGAUGUGAGUUCUUAUAGCGGCGAUGAAGAGGAGACGACAUUUGAGAAUAAUGGAGGAAAAUAUAUGAUGGAAAAGAUAAGUAGUGGAAAAAAUGAGGAGCCACAAGUAAACAUUGAAAUGGAGGAUGAUCAGGUUUCAGGAAGUGGAGCUACAAGACCGUCAGAUGAAAAUUCAUCUCAUGAUAAUCUCAAAUACAGCAAAGAUGCAGACAAUGAGAAUGCUGAAAUUGAUAACAUUGCGGAUCAAACAUUUGAAGAUGUCACCAGCGGAGUUGAUGAAGAGAACAAUGAGCUAUAUACAAUUCACCCAACAGAGCUUAAAGCUUUUUCCUCCAUUAAGGAUCGGAAUCUGGCGUUUAUUGAUGAGAAUUCGGAAAAGAAAAGGCAAAACAAUUUAAAUUUGGUGCUUGCCUCACAUGAAAAUACCACUGACCAUUUGCAAAGCACUGGCAAGCUGGGCACUAGCAAAGAUCCAAUGACGUCAGGAGGCAAUAAACAGCUUGAGGACAGAAGUAGCGAAGAGCUUGCUAAGACUUUUUAUGAAGCUAGCAAGAGAAAACAUGGAGAACCGCUCUCUGUGGCAGACAAGAGUAAGGCAAUAAAUGAUUCACUAGCAUCUUAUCCUAAUUCCGUGAAACAAGUCAGUCCUAAGGAAACAACUGCUGCAAAUUCUUCUUCGUUAGCUUUUUCCUCCAUUAAUCAAACAAAGUCAGAAAAUCAAACAAAAAAUAGUAGUGUUUUGAACAUCCAAAGGCCUCUAGAAGCUAUUGGAAAAUCACUCGCAGAGAAUGAAACAUCAGUCAAAAAUAUAUCGGCUGUGGAUUCAGAGGACAGCGAAAAAACUCUCCAAGAGCUUAACCAAGAAAUCAAAAAGGAGGAAGAUAAAUCAAAAGCAAUGAUAACUUAUUUAGAAACAAUUGACAAAGAACUGAAAGAGGAAACAAAUGAGAGUCUUGAUAUGAACGAGAUUGUUUCUAACAAAACUUCAUCGAUGGGCAGGCAGCAUGCACCGACAUUUCAAAGCAUGAAGGUUAUUCCUGCAGAGCUGAAGCCAGAUAAUACUCAUUACAAUGAAACAGGUGCGAUUAGCCAAAUGGUCGGGAAAAGUAUGAAUGCAUCAUCUAGCAGAAAUGCAACGAAUCAAGUUAGAACCUCAUCAAAGCAGCAAAGGUAUGUUGCCAAUGGAGGACUUGAUGCAACAUUAAACAAAAAAUUAGAAUCCAGCAACCAAAGCAAAACGGUCAAUGAGAUUGAUGCAUUUAUAAAGGGCUUUUAUCGGGGCGUGGAAAGGAAAAUCGAGGACAGUCUUGGUUUAACAAAACACAAUACAGCGCAUAACAUUAGCUCUAAACCCCAGGAAGAGGCUGUAGGUAGGGGCAAAACAGAAUCGCCUGGAAAAGCGAGUGGAAUAUCUCUGAAUUCUAUUGUUGAGAAAAUGGAAGAUUUGGGGCUAAAAAAUAAAAAAACACAUUCUUACGAACCAGCAGAAAAAGGUCAUGAAGGGAACAAUGAAAUUAUAGCCUACAGAAGCCAAGUUAGUAGCGGACAGCCGAUGCUUGAGAAAACUGGUUUAAAAAACGAAGAUGAAGAAGAAAAGCUCGAGUUGGUUAAGGAAAGAAAUGCACUAGGGAGGCGUAACGUACUUGUUGUUGAUUUGCAUGAUGACGAGGAUGCCGACUUAACAAGAGUCCAAUUUAAAAGGACAGAACAACCAAAAGGAGGCUACGAGGAUGGGAUAAUUCUUAAGUAUAAAAGAAUGUUCGGUGGUAACUCAACAUUAGUUGCCGACUUCUCCAAUGGAGAAAAAAAAGCAAAGUUGUAUAUCUAUCAAAACAAAAAAGAUGAAAAUGCACAAAAGAAAGACAAGGUUUUGAAGAACGAAAAAGGAGAAAAAAGAGGACUCGGUGCAUUUGGUAUCAACCGCUGGGUUUACUUCGGCAUUGGAAUGAGUCGAAAAAAACGAUCUUACCAAGACAACCAGGACUAUGACGGCCCUGGCGGACGCAUUAUUUCAGGGACAGGCCCAAGAAUUAGGUCACGUGCAAUUGAUGCUUUGUAUCGUGACCAUAGGUUCCCCAACGAACCAAGUGCAAAGGAGAUACUGCAGCAGUUUGAUGCGCCUACGGGUGUUGGAUACCAGUACGGCCAGUUGAUGUGGGGAUGGUUCAUUCCCCCUAUGGACGGCGAAUAUACAUUCUUCAGCUCUUGCGAUGAUGAAUGUGAUGUGUACCUGAGUCCUGACCAAGGAAAGGAUAGAAUCAAAAAGAUCCUUUCACAAACAACCUGGUCACCACACAACGUUUGGGAUAAGGACCCUACGCAGCAAACAUCAAUGGCAAUUCGACUGGCUGGAGGGAAGUCCUAUUACGUUCAAGCUGUAGGAGCACAGAGUGGAGGCGGUGACGGUUUGUCUGUUGGUGUUCAAAUGCCCAAUGGCGUCAUGGUUAGGCCAAUUACCAGGCACUUUCUAGCAAGAGCUCCACUAGGUCCUAGGGCAGUGAAACAGAUGUCACCUGACCUUGCAAAAGCACAAGCCAAUGAUAUUGCCGCUGCGGCUGCUAAUGGCGGGAAUGCAAAUCUCGCGGGAGGAAUCAUGCCAGGAGUUUCUGGUGGAGUUCCAAUACCAGGAUACGCCGGCGGUGUCGGAGGUCUGAUCGGUCCAGCUGUGGCGGGAAAUCUCGCAGCAACAGCUGGAGCAAUAGCGGCAGGAGGCGUCCCUCAAGGCGCAGCUGGAGGAAGUGGUCCUGGAGGAAUAACAGGAGCAGCUGCUGGUGGCGCCGCUGGAGCAGGAGCUGGCGCUGGUGGAUUAGAAGGAGGCGGCGGAGGUGCCGGCGGGGCACUCACUGGUGGGGCCGCAUUAGGCGCUGGAGGCCAAGCUGGUGGUGGAGGUGGCGCUGCUGCAGGUGCUUUAGGUGCUGGAGGAGGAGCUGGGGGAGGAGGAGCCGGCGGUGCUGCCGGUGGAGGUGCAGGGGGAGCAGGAGCUGGUGGCGCAGCUGGAGGUGGUGCUGGAGGAGGAGCUGGUGGUGCUGCUGGAGGGGGAGCUGGUGGUGCUGCCGGGGGUGGCGCAGGUGGAGCAGGAGGACCAGCUGCAGGGGGUGGAGAAGGUGGAGGAGCUCCAAGCCCAGAGGAUCAAAAGCUACUUCAAAACAUCGCAAAGCUAGGUGAUACUGUUGCUGGACUGGCACAGAAGAUGGACAACAAAGAGAAACAUGCAGCCAAAGCAAAGGAAAAUGCUCUCGUUACUGCAACAUUAGGCAAACUAGAAAACACUAUUGCGGCCUUAACAGCCAAAGUAGAAGCCAAUGAAGCUGCUCCGGAGGGAGGAGGGGCAGCCCCUGGAGGGGGUGGUGCUGGUGCACCUGGAGGGGGAGCCGCUGGAGGCCCGGCCGCUGGAGGCCCGGCAGCUGGAGGCCCGGCAGCUGGAGGAGGACCGAAACCUGACGGUGUUCCAGCAGCCCCUCCUCCACCACCACCUCCGCCCCCUCCACCUCCACCAGCUCCACCAAGUCCAGAGCAGGAAAAGAUGCAGAAGGCAAUGCAAGACUUAGCCGAUAAACUGCAAGAUGUGUCAGACAAAAUGGACAAAAGCAAAUCGGAAGGAGGUGGGGAAGUAAAGAUGAGUCCAGAAUUAGCAGCAAGUCAACAAAGAUUGGGAGAUCAAUUGAGCAAUUUGGGGGAAUCACUUGGAAAAUUAAUGGGAGAAAUGCAGUCAAUAAAAGACGCAGCGAAAAUGAAUAAAGCAGCACUCGAAGCCGCGUCAGGAGCAUCUAAAACACCAUUAGGAAAAGCAGCAAAAUUGGUGGAGCAAGCACAAGCUGCCGAAGCCCUGGCACAACCAAACGAAGACUCGCAGAAGGUAAAUAAAGUCCUCAACGCAGUGAAGGACGCAGCCACUGCAGCCGGUCUUACAGCUAAUGUACUUGGGCAGGUAAUUGCAAAUGGAGGCGCAUCAGCUGGAGGAGCACCAGCCGGGGGAGCUCCAGCCGGAGGAGCAGUACCAGCAGCAUCGGCAGCACCCGUACAAGGCAAUGCCAAUGCAGGGGGAGGAGGUGCACCACAACAGGCUGGGGGUGGAAAUGUACCAAACAUAAAUGAAGCAGCUGCAGUAGCAAAUGCCUUGACACUGUUGGGGGCUGUAGGAAAUUCAAAUGGAUUGCUUGGAGGGGGCGCUAAGGGUGGAGGAGGAGGCGGUGGUGGAACUGGAGGGGGAGGAGGCUUAGGCAACAGUUUGAACUUAGGUGCAAACAUGGGAGGCGGGGGUUUUGGGAAUGCUGGACUGGCAUCACCUUUAGCAGCUAUGGGUGGUUUUGGAAAUGCUGGAGCAGGGGGAGGAGGCGGUGGAGGUGGAAUGUCAGGAGGUGCAGCGAAUCCAGGGGCAAUGGGAGCAGCUGGGGCACUGGGUGCACUAGGUGCAGCUGGAGCCCUAGGUGGCGGAGGGCUUGGAGCUGCUGGUUUUGGUGCUGGCGGCGCAGCAGGAGUGUUAGGUGGUGGAGGACUUGGAGCUGGCGGUGCAUUGGGUGGUGGUUUAGGAGGGGGCGGUGGUUUAGGAGGGGGCGGUGGUUUAGGAGGUGGUGCUGGUGGCUUUGGAGCAGGACUAGCGGGAGGUGCUGGCGGAUUUGGAGGAGGACAAGUAGGUGGAUUGGGCAACGUUGGGGUUAUAAAUGGACAAAGCAGAGGAAUUGUACAGCCUCCUGCCUUUGACUUCUCAGAAGCUUUUCAAAACUUACUAGGAACUCUUUCGCGUCGAGAUUUAAAAGGGUUCUCUAAGCCAACUCGUCCUGUGAUGGAAUCAUUUCGUAAAAGGAUUCAAGAACUUGCCAAGAGGGGUCGAGCCGCAAUGUCAAAUCCCACUCCUUCUAUGAUGACGUCAUUGAGACAGAAUUUGAUAAGUGCGCUGAAAAGAGUAGCUCCUUACAACAAAAGGAUAAGCGACUUUAUGAAAUCGAAUAGAAACCACAUUGACGUGAUAACGAAAUCGGACAGUAGUGGAUUGCAGAAGUCGGUUGUUAUGCGCAAUGAGCCAGGCAGCUCUGUUCCUGCGAGGCAGCAAUUCAGAAUGCAAGCCUACAGUCAGCCACAGCAAAGCAUUAUGGGCCGCACCAACACAAGAGGCGAAUCCGGUGAUAAUCAGAAUGAUAGAGUACAAAAACUGGCAAAGUUAAUGAAGAUUGUAAAGAUUUUGAAAGAUAGAAGAAAAGAAGCACUCCCGAUCAAAAGAGUUCUCAAAAAUCAAUACGGGGCUGCUGCAUAUCAAGCUGCAAACGAAAAGAGACCAGGUGCAGACAACUCAGGGAAAUUCAUGAAAGCUCCGAAUCUUAUCAAAUCUAAUUUGCUUGGAAACCUAAAAAUAGGAAGGGCAUACACUCAGAUACCGGUAACCAAAUACAAGAGCCACAACACCGGAGACAGAAGCAAAGCCCUAACUUAUCAUGGAACAAAAGUACCAAAGAAGGGUCACAUUUCACCACUGAAAGUACAGUCAAACAUGGUAAGACCUAGUAUGGCAUCAAAAAACAGCCAACUGAAAACCAGGGUGGGCCAUAUAGUUCCGGCUAGAAUAACUUCGGAGCAGACUGGUCCAGGAAUGGCACGAAGUGAUAUCGCGAAACAGCAGUUAGCUGCUUUGAAACCAAAGUAUGGAAAGGCCAGAGGUGGUUCAAAAAGGAAUUUAGGCAGAAAACGGUCCAGAUCAACAAUUCAGUUCACCAAUACCGGUCCAUUGCUCGUUAAGCGCACCAACGAAGCGGUAAAUCCAGCAGAGAUCAUUCCGAGACGGGCACUACAUGAGAUCGAGGCACAAGAAGACUCCACUAGAGAUAAUAACAACUCAAAUGAAUUUGAAAUGGGCGAUGACGAAAGCAACGAAGAAGAUGCGAUAAACAACAGUCUAGAAAAAAGUGCUUAUGAACCUCGCUAUAAGAAAGAAGAUGAUAACUACGACAGGCCACAGCGUCGUUACAAAGAAGAAUCACCACGAAAAAGAUGGGAAGACGAUGAAGAAGAGGAAGAUCAUCAUCAUGUUCAUGAGAAUGCGACCGAGCAUUCUUCAUUUGAGCACAGAUUGACAGAAAAGCUUUUGGACGCCAUUUUAUCAGAACAUGGUCGCCAUGAAAGCCCAAGCCAGAAUGAACAUCCAAACUUAGAGGCCACUCAAAGUUUGAUGGACACUGCAUACACGUCAGGAUUCCACACUGGACUGGCAGGAGGUAUGCAAUCCAGCAAUAAUGAAGGGAACUCAGCGAUGAUGGACAGUAUGAACCGAUUGUCAAACAUGGUUGCAAUGUUAUCUGCGAAGGUCACACAACAACAGGCAGGAGGGGGAGCCGCUGCGGCAGGAGGCGGAGGAGGUGAUGGUGGAGGAGGAGUGAAUGCCAUGGUAGCCGCACAGCAGGCAAGAGUCUCCGGCCAACUUGGGGCACUUGCAGAGGGAGUUGGAACGCUAAUUAAAGAAAUAAGAGAGCUUAGAACAAUGAAAUCCAUAGAAAAUCCAGGUGGUGGUGGCGGUGGAACUGGAUUUGGAGGUGGUGCUCUAGGAGGAGGUGGAAUGGGUGGUGGCGGAGGAGGAGGCAGCAUGCAAGGAAUGUUAGCCGCUGCGACAGUUGCUAAAGCCUUGAAUGCCAUCCACAAUGCACAGUCAGCAUUGAAUAUUGGAGCAGGUAACGUUAUGGGACAAACAAUGGCAGGAGCAGCCGGCAGUCCUGCAUUUGCGACCGGUUUUAGAGCAGGUGGUGCAGCUGGCCUAGGGGGUGUUGGACUAGGGGGCUUGGCAGGGUUAGGAGGAGGCAUUGGUUUCGCAGGAGCAGGGCCUUUGCCUGGAGCCCCUAUGCCAUUGCCAGUGCCCUCGCCAGUUGUAUCGUUUCCAGGCUUAAAUGCUCUUACAGCUGCGGCUGGCGGAGGCGGGUUUGGUGGUGCAGCGGCCGGUGGUGUGGGAGGACUCGCUGGAGGUCCACUAGCCGACUCAUUGAGUACCAGUUUGAGCGCUCUCGGACCAAAGGCCGCAUCGCAUUUCCUGAACAAUCUUGCUAAAGGAAUGAACAAAGUCACAUCAAGUUACCUGGCUGCUUUGAAAAAACAGCAGAAAGAAUCUGAAAGCAACGGAGGCGGGAAGGGUGGAAAGGGAGGAAAGAAAGGCAAAUCAAAGGCAUCGAAACGAGGCACAGUUAUAUUGCCCGCCUCGUUUGGAUUUCAGAGUGCAGGAAAAAAAUCAAGAGUAGGAAUGCAAAGAAGGGUGAUAACGCCAAGUAAUGAGAUUAACAGUGAUGAAAUCAUAGAAGUGCUGUUGGGGGAGAAACGAAGCAAAACAAAAAAGGUAACACCAAAGGCAGGAACAGCGAAGAAGUCGAACGGAAAGAAGAGAAUGGGAGCUAACAAAAGGAAAAUAAGCAGAGAAGAAAAAAGUAACCAGAAUGAUGCUUUGCUUGCGCAGAAAGCUGCCAGUGUUAAUUUUGGCAAUGGUUUGAAACCACGGAGGCCUGGGGUGACACUACGUGAAUAUGACGACAUAGAAGACAUUAACCAAUACGGAAUCGACGCUGUUUAUGACUCAAAAAGUUUUCCUAGAAAAUCGACAAAAGCGGAAGUGCUUUUCAAUUUCGACUCAAGAAACUCAAGGCACGAGGACACUGCUUUGAGAGUCUAUGGCUGGUUUUUACCACCCCUGACAGGGGCUUAUGUCUUCUACACAUCAUGUGACGAUAUGUGCGAUUUGUUUAUUAGCCCUAACGAAAACCCAACGGCAAAACUGAAAAUGGUCUCGCAAAAGGACUGGUCAGAACACAAUGAAUUUGAUAGGUAUCCAAUGAUGCAGUCGUCAGCAGUUAUGCAGAUGCAGGCAGGCCGUUCUUAUUACAUCGAGGGGGUACAAGGCAACGCGGAAGGAAACAGCCAUUUGUCUGUUGGAGUUCAACUACCGAACGGACUAAUGCUACGUCCUAUUACAGGAGCAUUCUUAAGCAGAGAACCAAUGAGUGACGCAGCAGCACAGAGUGCUGCGAUGGCACAAUCAGGAGGAACAGGAGCAUUGAACGGUGCAGGUCAGAUGCUUGGAGGAACUGGUGGAGGAGCAGGUGGCCUUGGAGGGGCAGGAGGACUUGGUGGAGCAGGAGGAGUUGGAGGGGGACUAGGAGGAGGUGGAGCUGGAACUGGAGGGGGGCCAGCUGGACCGUACGGAGGCAGUGGCCCUAUAAACAGUGUUGGUGGAGGCGGAAUAGGACAAGCUGGUGCACAUGGUGGAGCUGAAAGGCUGACGAGUGAUCAGUUCAAUCCAGCAGCACAAGCUUUAGCAGCAGGCGCAGGAGCUGCGGGAGCUGGAGGAUUUGGUGCAGGAGCAGGUGCUACUGCACCAUUGGGAACAGCUGGUGAGGUAGCAGAUGCACUCUCAAAACUAGGCACGAGUGGACUUGCAGGGCUUGGUGGUUUAGGAGCCAAUGGAGGACUAGGAAAUCUUGGUGGUUUGGGCGCCAAUGGGGGACUAGGAAACCUUGGUGGUUUGGGCGCCAAUGGGGGACUAGGGAACCUUGGUGGUUUGGGCGCCAAUGGGGGACUAGGAAACCUUGGUGGUUUAGGAGCAAACGGAGCAUUGGCAAAUCUUGGAGGUUCAGGCACAGAUGGAGGACUUGGUAACGCAUUGGGCGGAGCUCUAGCAAAUGCUAUUCAGGGGGCGAACGGAAAUCUGGGGGGGUUAAUGGCAGCCGCUAUUAUCAAUGCUUUGAAAAAGAAAGCAGGAGAAAAAGCUGGAGGAACACCAGCGGAUGUCUUAGGAGGUGUGGGUAGUGCUGCUAGUCUAGGGGCAUCAGCAGCAGCAGCCGGUGGUAUAACUGCAGCACUGGGGGAUGCAGCCGCAGCAAAAAUGGCUGAAGCAUCAGACGUCACGAAUGCCUUGAAGAAUGCCUUGACAGGAAAUGGUGCUGCAUCAGCAUUAAGCGAUGCUAUUAAUUCUGCAGCAGGCAUGACAAGUGGGACUGGACCAUGGCAAAACAAGGUGGCACAGACCGUUGCUUCGGGAAUAGCAGCAGGAAUCCUAUCCGGAGGCACAGCAGUCAUAAACCACAUUGCUGAAAUACUCAAAGCGAAAGGAGUAAAUCCUGCCCAGUUAGCUGCAGCUUCGCAAGGAGGAUUUGGUAGCAAUGGGCAAGGCAGCAGUGGCGGGAAUAACGGGAAUCCAAAUGGAGGUAAUGGGGCCGGCAAUGUUGUUGUUAUCGGAGCUGGAAAUGGCGGAAAUUCCGGGAGCGGAAAUGCUGGGAACACCGGAGGCGCGAAUGGAGGUAAUGCAGGAGGUGGCGGAAAUGGAGGUAACGCAGGAGGAGGCGGAAAUGGAGCAAGUUUUGGAGGAGGCGGAAAUGGAGGAAAUACUGGGGGUGGCGGAAAUGUAGGUAAUGCUGGAGGCGGAGGGCUUCAAGGAGGCACCACAUUUGCAUUUCAGCAACCAGCAAGUGGAGGAGCAAACAAUGCAGGGGCAGCUGCUAGCGGAGGGGCAAACCUUGGGGCUGGCAUAUCACUUGUCAACGGAGUAGGGCAAAGUAACAGCGCAUCAGGGGCAAACAGCAAUGGAGCAAACACCAAAGACGAGAACUUAGGUACCACAUAUGUGUUUAGUCCAGUAAAUGUAAAUGCUGCACCGACAGUCAGCGGAACACAAAGAAACGUACGCAAACCAGCGAGCAACUUGGCAUUUUCAGGACCUGGCGAAAACGCACCCAGUGGCAGCGACAACCAAGGUGUUACUUACAAAUUCAGUCCUGUGAAUGGAGGGAAAGGCUCGGCAAAAGGGCUUAGCCAGGCCCAACAUGGGAUACUUGUUCCUUCGCAUAUACAGCGACCAGCUCUCAAUGUGCACACAGAAGGGCAUCACGUUAGGCCAAUGGACGCUUCAGAGAAUCUUGGUACUGUUUUAAAUGAACUGGUCAGUUUGAUGCCCCAUGAAGAAUAUAACAUGCAAAUUGGCACAGACCAUAUUCAUUUGCACCCCCCAAGCAUAACGAGCUCCAUGUCGACUGGCAACAUACAUAGUCAUACCCCUGUACAUACUAUGAACGGGGGCUUUCACAGCCGUAGUUCAAAGAAAAAAUUGAUUGGUGAGUUGGCAGAAGUAAGCAGCAAAGGACUAACGGGAAGCAAAAAGACAAAAGAUAAAACUAAGGGAAAAGGACGGGAAAUUUCUGCAAAGAAUCACAAGGCUGAUGAAGCCGACGACGAUGAUGAUGAUGAUGAUGACGAGUUUGAUAUUGAUAAGGACAAGCCAGACAAAGAUGAGAAAGAGGAUGACGAGGUGCCAAGUGAUGACGAAAAGGAGGCUGAGAAGAAACUCGAAGAAGUUGACGAGAAGGAAGUUGCAAAUGGCAAGGACUUAGAAGCGGUAUUUGACGAACUCUCAGAUAGGGAAGACGCCAGAAUGCAUGCAGAGCAUAAGCCUAAAAAUAAAAAGAUUGAGAAGAAACCACCUCCCCAGGCUAUAACUAGCGAAGCAAAGGUAAGAAGCGAAGGAAAAAACUUCGUCAAAACUCAUGAGUCUACAGGAAUGUUUCAGAGUUAUAAACCUUCUUCAAUCUCCAACACAAUUACAGCAAGACAAAAGUUUCUUAUUAAAAGUCAGAACAGAAUGAAUAGUAACAAAAAGAGGAGUAAGGAGACUGAAAAAUCGAUGGAAGGAAGUUUGCCAAUUGAAAUGAAAGAUGGUUGGCCAGGGACGUUGGCAUCAAAAAGAUCGUUUUUGUACCAAAAGAACGGUACACUGAAGACCCGCAACGAAUCAAAAAGAACAGAUAUAAAAGAAAUAAAUCAUGAAUAUGAGAAAAAGAAAAAUAACGAUCUACAUGCCGACAAAACAAGCAACCAAAACUUUAAGAUCACAUAUAUUGAAAACCAAAUGAAUGAAAAUGGAGAAAAGACUCAUCACACGAAAGUAUAUGAUAAUGAAGCCAAACCAACAGAAAAAAGUGUUGAGACGAAAGAAGUUGUUAAAAAGGACAGGAAUGCAGAAAAAGAACUGAAUUAUGAUGUAUACGACGCAAGUAGUGAAAAUGGAAUAGAAAAAAGGAGUCACACUGCAAGGGGCUCUGUUGAGAAAGGAACGAGUGCAGUAAAAAAGAGCUUAGGAGUGCAGGAGUCACAGGUCUAUAUGAAAGAUGGAGCGAUGAAUGAGCAAAUUCAACCGGCUCUAUGGAACCUAGAAAGCGAAAGAGAGGGAAUAGUUGCAGAUGAUUUGAGUAAGAAAGUACUACACGAUAUCAAGAUAAUGCCGAUGAAUGGAAUGAAGCGAAACAAAAUUGAGAGUUUAUCAGAAAGCAGAAGGGACUUCAGUGGUGCUCAAGAAAAACCAGAAAAUAGCGACAAAUAUGAAGUAAAGAAAAACAGCCAAGAAAGACAUUUUAAGGAAAAAGGUAAAAAAGUAAAGACUCCAGCCAGAAAUAUUAAUAAAUCAUUGAUAAAGGAGAGGACAUUAAAGAAAAUAAAAAGAAAGGGAACAGCAAAGCAUAGAAAUUUCAAGAAAAUAGCAGAUACAGCAAAGGCUAAAAUGCCAAAAGAUUCGUACAAACAGAAGAAGCUAGCUCUUGAAAAUGGAGAUAAAAGAGAUCUCUUCAAUCUGCAAGCUAAUAGAAAACAAAUAGCCAACAUGGCCGUGAAAGCUUUUUUACCGUUACUUGUAAAUAAAAUUCAACAUCGAAUUGAGUCAACGUCAAAACACGGGCAGCAAGUUUACGCUUACUACCCGUAUGAUUCAAGUCAGGUGCAAAUGAGUGCGGCAAAGCAAAAAGUUGCACCGGCGAAGCAUCAAAACCCACUGAAACAAAAGCUGACUUUUGCUCUUCUUGGAAAUCUCUUUAAAGGACAAGGUAUGAGCCAACCACAAGGUUCGAGUCAACCACAAAUUGUAAAUCGUCUCAAUUACCCAAUAUACUUCAUUCCGCCAGUAAAAACCCAAUCACCCCCUGCCUUUUCAAUUGGCCCACAACCGCCCUUUAUUCCACAGCAAAAUAUACUUAAUCCACCUGUUGCCUCGAUAGGGCCUGACCCCCCUAUGACAUUAGGCCAAAAUCUUGCACUACCCCCUGUUGCAUCUAUUGGUCCACAGCCAUUUUUCAACCCUCCGAAACCCACAAAUAGAUUACCGGAAGUUGCAUCUAUCGGAAAAGAACCAAAAAUGGCACCAACCAAGUCGCCUUCAAAGAAAGUGGUUCCUGUAAAACCUACAGCUGCUAUUAAGAAAAAGCCAACAAAAACCAACAAAGGCAAUGCAAGACAUAUUACCCCAGCAGCUGCAGGGCCCCAUGUGAGAUUUGGACCCACAGAAAGCACUGCUGAAAACUAUGACACACAGUCUAGUAUUCACCACGAGCAUCAUAUAUUCCAUCAUAGCAGGCUAGGGAGAUUCCCUGGCAUGCAUAAUGAAGAGGACUAUAACGAGAUACACGGAACGCAAUCGAGUAUUCACAACACUAUACCAGUGGAGCAUGGACAUGGCUACCCGGAAGACGAUUACCAUACGGGCGAUGAGUAUCAGCAAAUGCAGAAACAUAUUAAGCCUAAGGCUGAUUUCACUGGAUUAAGUCAUAAUGGGUUAUUGUCAAAGAACUUGAGCACCAUAUUACCAGGAUUUGUGCUUGUUCCUGGGCACGAAAAAAUUUCAGUCGAGAAACGAAAGAAAAGGGCGACUGAAGAAGAAUUAGCGAAGGAUGUGAGACAAAGGAAUGUUAGUGCGGAGGAGAAAAGGGAAAAUUUUGCAAAACAGAGACAAGAGAAAAGGAGACAUGCAACUAAAUACAAGAAAAAUAAAGGAAACAUAAAAAGAAGAAAAUCAAAAGAUAAAAGGAAAAGGAAAAGAAAAAACUGGAAAAUGAGAAAUCAAACUGGUUCUAAACGAUCGUCAGGAAUAAAUAAAAUAACUAUUGCAAAUGCAGCCGUAAAAGCACUAGUGCCAUUCCUGCUAAAAAGCAUGAUACUAAAACGAGGUAAAAACAGGAAAAGAAAGGUAUUGUAUGUACCUGUGGCAGUGCCACAAGGUCAAAAUGCCGAUGCAAGUGCAGCUCAAGUGCAGACGAUGAUGAAACCCCUUGCAUCUGUGGCAUCUAUUGGAAAAGAACCAGUGGUACAACAAGAACCACCACCACAGAUGCUACCUUCUGUGCCAUCAAUCGGUAAGGAGCCAGAAGUGCCACCGCCACCGCCGCCAAAAAUUCUGCCUUCGGUGCCGUCGAUUGCUAAAGAGCCAGCCGCACCACCGCCGCCCCCGCCGCCCCCGCCGCCAAAGAUAUUGCCUUCUGUGCCGUCAAUAGCAAAGGAGCCUGAACCACCCGUGGAAAAACCGAAAGCUGUUACGGAAGAUAAGAAUAAAAAAGAAGAUAAAAAGGACGAGAAAAAGGAAGAUAAGAAAGAAGAUCAGAAAGAUGACAAAAAGGAAGAUAAAAAAGAUGACAAAAAGGAAGAUGCAAGCAAAGAUAAAACGAUGAAAGAAGGGAAGGAUGCAAAACAAAGCAAAAGUGGAAAAACAAGACAUUUGACACCUAAGAUGAUUCCAUUUCAUCUUAAGAAUGUAGCAACAACAUCGGAUCAUGACAAAAGUAAAUCAAGCAGAAAAGGUUAUGUACUUGUGCCGCAUCACGAAGCCGACCUUAAAGACAAUACUGAGAAAUACUUAGAGCAGUAUGAUGAUCAUUAAAAUUGUUUGUUGAAACAUUGAGUAACAUGUGGUUCUUAUGACAAAUAUACAAUAUUGCUUUGUUUGGAGAGCAAUGAAAAAUUUCAAUUGCUUCUAUAAUGAAGAUCAAUUAAUAAUGAAUAAAUAGCUUGGCUCAAUAAUCAACUUUUAUAUAUAAGUUAAGCAGAUAAAUUAUAAUAUAUAUUCAUAGAUUAUACAUGAUUGAUUUUAUCUCUAAAAAAAGCUUUCGGUCGGAAAGAAAGUGCAGCAGAGUUGAAAGAAAAUAUUAUCCAUUAUGACCUAAGGAUGCUUCUGUAAUAGGGUUUUUAGAUCAAAGAUUUAAUAAGAAAACUCGCAUUUUUAAGAUAAAUUAUGGUACGAGUAUUUAGAAGUUUGUUUGUUUAAAAAGAUUUGACUUUAUACUGAUUUAACGGUAGUUAACUUUUGUAAUGGCUUUGUUAACAAAGAUUUUUGAAUCACAUUGCAUUCAGAUUAAUUCUUAAAGGACAACGUUAUAUAAUGUGUGUAAAUUUGCUAUUUAGUAUGAAAAGUAACGGAGUCCCAUUCAUUGUCUGUUCUGCCGAAAACUCUCAAGGAUAGAUUAAGGAGUUCACAAAACAUAAAUAUAAGAUAAACAAACAAAAACAAACAAAAAUACAAGAUAGAAAAGCAAAACAUUUAGUCAAUUUUUCAUUGUUUGCACUGCGGUAAAAUUGUAUCACAAAGUCUCGGAAAGUGUGGAAAGAGGUCAGCCAGUGGUAGAAACGACCUGAUAUGCAUCGAAUAAUGAUUGAAGCUUGAAGCUUAACGAUGUGUACUGUUUAAAUAAAACAGUUUUCUUUACUCUUUCAAUUGUUCGUAAGUUAUUGAAGCAUUUACAAUCAUUUUGAGUAUAAUCAAGUACUUUCUUUAAAAUAUAAUCUGAGAAAGCUUAAAUUUGCUCAAAGAGAUGAAUGAUUUCAUUCAAGUCUUGUUGGAGACACAACAACUCUGUCUGAAAUUUAUUAAUGUACAUAGACGAUUAUAAUGUUGAGGCCCAAGCCAUUCAUAGCCGAAGAAAAACAGAGGAGGGUGAGAUAACUGCAAGAAUUAAAUUUCUGACAAAGCACGCAAAUAUACAUUAGGCAUGAAGGAGUAAUUACCUGAAAAGAAAUGUUUAAUUGGAAUAAAAACUGGAAACAGUUAGGCUUGAUUCUAGUUAUGAGUAAACCAACAAAAGACUGCAUCAUAUCUUACAACCUGCUGAUAUGACGCGAAAACUGGUGAAAAACUGAUAUGGAACUGAUACGUUAUCCGAUACAAGAAAAGCAGGAAACUGGCCUGAUAUGAUUUGAUAAAACAACAGAGAAUUUAAAACUAAACCCUUAAAAGCAAUCUGUCACGGCGUUGAUUGAUUAUAAGAACAAAGGGUAUUUUUUAUUGUUUCCAGUCCCCCUUUAAUUUAUCGCAUUGUAAAAAAUUUGGCGGAGCGAUGGAAUCGUGUUUGGGCUAUUGUUCCAGCUAUUGUUCUCGUUAACCAAUCCACAACGAGACAGAUUGCCUUUAAACAGGAUUCAUUCCCGCAACUUUACGUGAUUUGUCUCACGACUUCUGUUAACAUUUCCAUUUAGUGUUCUACUUGCAAUAAGAGGUCUUCAUCAGCUAUUUCGAUAUAUAAAAAUGUGGAAUAAAUCUACGUGAAAAUACCCUUUGUGACCGAUGCAAACUGAAAAUAUAAGUUACCUCUAUCGACAGAGGCAAGAGGAUGAAGCAAGAGAUAAAGGGCAUCUUAUGUCUGCUGUAAUCAAUAGGAAACAGGAGUUAAACAUUGCUGCUUGGAUUUCCCUACCUUUUCCAAGGCGAAAGUCGAUCACUGGAUAUGUCGGAUAAAUUGGGUCAUUUAAGGCCCGAGAACUUCUCGUAUUAUAUGGUAAGAGUUUUGAUCUGGUCAGAUAUGUAUCCAAAAGAUAAUAAGGACACAACCUGUUCAUGAUCUUAUAGGUCAUCAAAAUUCUUUCAUUGCGGAUAAUAUUUCAUACGCUAAGCAAGGGAGAUGAACAGUUAUCUUUAAUUCUCACAAUGUUUCUUAUUCAGCAUGCUCGAUCUUGAAGGAGUUGUAGAGCAACUAAAGUGUUUUAGAUAGGCUUCUCCUAAUGAUAUCGGCACAUCGCCGGUGACUCUCAAUGAGAGAAUAAAAGACACUGCAAGGUUGGGAUUGUGGUAGCACAUUUUCAAUUUUUUUCAAAGCUGAGAGACUGGCAUUUAUUUUGCAUGCCACUCACCUAAACUUCUCUUUCCAUGUAAAAUUUUCAUCAACUAUUACAUCUAAGGAUUUCUGACUGUUCUACUCAUUUUUAGCCGUGUCCAUUUGUUGCAUAGUAUUAUUCUUAGUCGCGAUUAACUUGAAUUCGGAUUUUUCAGGAUAAAGACUUAUUUAUUCUCAUCCGCUAAGAAAUAUUAAAUAACUUUUGCUGCGUGUCUCCGAAAAGUUUUGUUAUAUUAUUUGCAGCAAUCGGUAAUUUGUAUCAUCGGCAUAGGCACUAGCCCUUGAAAAUUUCAAACAAUUUUCAAAAUCAUUCAAACAAAUGAUAAAGAUGAGAAGGCCUUAGCAAUCUAGUGUAUUCAAAUAUAGAGACCAAUCAGCCUUUGACAAGAUAUGUUGCUAGUGAU